UGGGGAGAGAGGCAGUCAGAGUGAGAAAGCAGAGGAAGAGGAGGGAGGAAAAAAAAUAGACGAUAGGGAUGUGUUUGAGUGUGCGGUGAACAGUGCUGCAGGUAGGCUACAGUCAGAGCCCAAUACAGGCACCGGACCGCGGCAAAAACCGCCUCAGAGCCUGCCUCUCUCUCCUCUUCAUCCCCUCUAAACAGCCACUCCGCAAUGUCUGGCGGAGGAGAGGUACGCGUCCUCCGCCAAGAGCCUGGGCAAGAGAGCCCGAGGAUGCCGGCCUGGAAGCGAGAGAUCCUGGAGAGGAGGAAGGCGAAGGGCGGCGGGUCUGGAGGAGCCGGUGCCGCGGAGACAACAAGCCCCGGCGGUGCGGGUUCGCAGCGGGCUAACGGCGAGACGACGGGAAAUGUGAACGGCAGCAGCAGCGGCAGCAGCAGCGGACCCAAGAGAGACAGCGGACCGAGCGGUGGGUCCGGGCGGAGCUACACCAUCACCACAGCCAGUCAACACUUCACGAACAACAAAGAGCCACGGCCGACGGACGCGGAGAGGACGACGCCGAGGGAGGACGACAGACACGAGAGCCUGGUGCUACAGGAAAGCCUCGGCCCGCUGGACGAGAACCCGUUCAUUAAACUGGAGAAGGAGCGGAGGCGGCGACAGGACCGAGAUAACGCUUCUCGUCCUGUCCAGCACAUCCUGGAGCUGUAUGGCAGUGUACCCGGUAUACGGACUAUCCGCGCAGACAAUAUUAUCAUAAUUGAGUCUGACCCGGAUUACUUUCCGGAAGCCGGUGGGGUAAACACCGGGUCCAAGUGGCAGCAGAACGGCGUCACUAGUUACAGCUCUCUGAACGACCUCCUGGACCGGAGAGGGAGUGCUGUUACUGAGAUAAGAGCCAAGGAAGUGGUCAUUUACGACACCACGUUAAGCAAGAGCGAGGAGAACUUGAGCACCCUGGGCCGCCCUGAUCACGAGGCCUCAUCAUAUGAGACAGGUGAGGGCCAGGGCAGGGUUAGCCGGAUGCUGCAGAAGUUUGACAGCAACUACGGGAAGCUGCAGAAGAAGUCCCACAGCACAGAGAACCUGCUGGACCUGGAUUGUAGUGCCAGCAGCAGGCCACGACUCUGGUCCAGGCCACAGCCAGAUCUGGUGCCAAAGGCCAGGCCAGGCCCGUCGCUCAGCAGCCCGGGCAGCAGCCAGCCAUCGUCUCCUGUCUUCCAGAGUCCCUUGUCUUCCAAACCAACGCCACAGCCUGUUGUCUCUGAGCUGGGCAGCCCCCAACGCUCCGCCGGGACCCCUCAGCCUCUCUUUUCCUUCCGUCAGCGGUUUGAAGAGAGCGGAGGCCAUGGUGCAGCUGUCCCCCCAGGGGAUGAGCCAGACAGGGUGCAAACCAAGCCCGUCAGAGAGAGAGACUGGGAAAGCUCUGAGGUGCCACCCAAACCCAAGGUGCCAUGCUCUCCAGAGACCCGGCGCGUCCGUGCCGAGCCCCCCUCGAGCCCCAUCUCGUUCAAGGUGUCGCGCUCCUCUUCUGACUUUGAGAUCCGUCCCUCACCGAAGCCGGACCUCACCCGAAUUCCUGACGGGGACACCCAGGCACGGGCCCUCGCAAACCUGCGCCUGCAGUCCCGCAACUCCUUCACAGUGAUCCCCAAGCGCCGUGUUGCUCCCUCAUCUGCAACAGGCAGCCCAGCACCGCCCAGCCCCAUCAAGUCUUCCCCUUCCCACAGAGUGGCAGAGGUGCCCACGCCAGGAGUGCCAACCUCCCACGCCCCUACGCCCACCUUGACACCCUCCAAGAGGAAUGAGGAGAAAGCACAGGAAAAGGAGUUCGAGAGGCCGAUGAGGCUCUCCCAGCCUGAACCGUCUCCUUCUGUCGCCACAAGUCCUGCGCCUCGUCCGACCUCAGAACCUGUGUCUCCAUCCCCUGCUCUAACCCCAGCUGCUUACUCUCCCCCCGCUCUGCCUUCCCCCCCCUCUUCUCCGGCUGUCCCAUCUUCACCUUCCUUCUCUCCGGUUCCUUCAGACUCUCCAGCCCCGUCUGCUGUCCCUUCUGCCCCGUCCACGGCUCCAGAACAACCCCCCGUGGACCAGCUGCCCGUAACAAACAUAGACGACAUUGAAGUGGAACCCCAGCAGCGUGUCUCUGCCCCCAGCCCCAUGGCGCAGAGGAGAAAGGGGAACACCUUCACCGUGGUCCCUAAACGUAGGUUGGAGGCCGAGGGCCAGCCAAGCUCACCCGAGCCCCAGCAGGAAGCGCCAAGUGAGCCGCCACCGGGGUCCACGCCCCCACAGGCCCCGUACGCUCAGCUGGGCUCCCUGCUGAAGAAACGCUACCCCGCUGCAGAGGAGAUCGAGGUCAUCGGUGGUUACCUUUCCCUCGCAAAGUCCUGCCUCUCCAAGACGGGCUCCACGGGCAAGAAGCUUAAGAUCUCAUUCAACGAGUCGAGUCUCCACAGUACGUACGAGUAUCCGUCAGAGAGCAGCGCGUGGGACAGCGGGGACGAGGACGAGGACGAGAAACUGGACGAAAAGCUGGCGGACGAACAGCCGAGCAUGGUGGGACGCAUCCACAUCCCCCGACCCAGUUUUACCGGCUCGCCCACGCACACGAGCAACAGUAACGACCUUUCCAGCUACAUUCCCAAGCACUCUGUGGACUUCAGCGCCUGGCAGGAGCACAAACAUGACGACAGCGUUUACCAGGAGGACGCCACUUCCCAACACACACCGAUGACAGAGGAAGUUAUGCUCACACCUGCAGACAGCUCCUCCCUGUCGGACUACAGCAGCGAGCCCGCUCUUUACUUCUGAUCAGAGGGACCAAUCAGCUGUACCGUAGCACCCCCCUCCCCCCUCCCUCCGUGGGACCAGCCGCCUGCAGCCAGAGCCCAGCCUGACCUGCCUCCAGCUCUACACUCCAGCCGUCUCCAAGCACAUCUUCCUGCUCAGACAGGAAACACAGUAUUUAGUCUGCUUUUUGGGGGUUUUUUUUGGGCUGAUCUCCUGCCACGGAGCCCACCACCCACCUUAUCUACCGCAUAUCACAGCAGAUGAGCUUUUUUUUGCCAGGUGGUCCAUUCCAAACCUUCUUUUCUGACCUGCCGCAAAGAAUCCAAAAGCAGCUGGACUGUGUUUGCCCUUACCAUCCUGGACAGUUGAUCUGUCAGCCUCCCUCCCUCCCUCCCUCCCUCCCUCCCUCGCCCUCACUGACAACAUAUCAGACAGAAUCCAAUCAAUUGUCAAAAUCUAGAGAGACGUCUGCCUUCCUUCGCCAGACUGGAAGAAAUUCACGUCCCCCCUAUCCCCCCCAUCCCUCCUGUGAUUCUCAUGCUUCCGACUUCAACAUUUGCUUCAGGUUUUUUUUUUUUUUUUUGGGGGGGGGAGGGGGAGAUGUUGACCAAACUCCUUUUUAAAAGAACAGGAAGCCGCCAGUGCCCGCGCGUAGGUAACGCCACGGUGACAGUGGUUCAGUGUUAGCAUGGAAACAUGUGAUUUAAGGACGUCCAAAAAAACCCACGUAGGCUUUGUGGAGGACAGUGUCUGCUUGUGUCCAUCGCUGGCACACUCAAACAAACACAAAAAAAAUGAUGAAAGGGUGCCACAAUUGUAGUUUCUUUCUUUUUUUUUUGUACCUGCAUGUUUAGAUUUCUCUUUUUACUGUAAAGCUUCUGUAUGCCUUUUUUCAUUUUUUUUUGUAUGUUUCCUGGCAAACCUCUGCCUGUAUUAAAGCUGCUGGAUGUUCAGUAGAAGAGUGUCAACAGCAAGCAAACUUCAACACACACCUUCCCUUCUUGGUGACAAAGGGAGGGGAGGGGGGGGGGGAUAUAUAUGCACCCCAGGGGGGUCAUUUCUGUCAGUCAGUCAGUCAGCAACUGAUUCUGAUAACCCGCUUGAAAAAAAGUGACCUUGGCCAAUGUCUGUACGUCCAUAUUGCUGGUGACAAAGAAAAACUCACCCUACUGUAGAAUGUCUCUGUGUAUGCUCUAUCAAGGUGGUUGUGUGUCCCGUUUUAUCGAAAGCUGUCAGCUGUCGCCUUUUUGUAGUCUGGCUCCUUGUGUAUUUAUUCCUGCUUAAAUUUGAAGUUUGCAUGUCUGAGACCUGCUCAUGUACAAACCCCCCCCCCCCCGUUUUUUGUAGAGACACAUUCAUUUUGCUGGUAUGGAAGGAAGCGGACGUGUUUUUUGCGUGUUGUUGUUUUCCAGUCGGACCUCAUGUACUUUGACAUUCCACGAAGAGAAAGAAGCCGGUCCAUGGAAGUAACCAGGGCAGAACAACCAUUAAUGAUCAUUCAUAAUGUGGCAUGUUUGUGAGAGCGAAUGCAAGAUUGUGUGUUUUUUGAAAGAAGAUGUAAUGUUUUUUUUUUGUUGUUUUUAAUUAAGAUUGUUUUAUAUACAAGAAUGCACCAAGUUUUCCAGAUUUUCUUUUUUUUUUUAAACUCCUAAUGCCAAGUGAUUAAAGUGUUGCUGUAACAGCCUCACGUUCAUUCUUGACACCCCCCCCCCCCGGGGAUCGAACCCUUCGGCCAGUAUUGUUGUACAGUUUCCACCAUAUUUUUCAUAAGUACAUGAGAUUUAUUUCUUACUCCUGUCAUUUAUUUUUCGUUUCGUUUCUCCAAUCAGAUGAAAUGUGUUUCAGCAUCGAGGUUGGACUUUUUUUGCUGUUAGCAGACGGGACGUUUUUGUCCUCGUCUGAUGAAUUUAGGAAUUCUCCGUUUCGUCUGGAGUCUUGGAUGUUUAAUGUCUUUUUGCACUGUCUGGCUUUUAGCUUCAUUUUGCACCUCAUGAGAAGCAACAGAGUAGGCAACGGAGGAUACAGUGCACUUAAAAAGAACAAGUCUAGUCGAAGAGUUUUGUAGCCACUAUUGACACACACACUAUUAUUACACAACCAUUGAUUGUAUGUCAGAUAUGAUGUAUGAGACAGGAUUUGGAGCUCUUGGUUGGCGGAUUAACACUUUUUUUAGACUGCAGGUAUUGAUUUUUUUUGGAAUAGAACUCUUCAAUUGUACAUGGUGAAUGCACUGCCGAUUAAUGCCAUGUCCACUGUUUUUAAUCAGUUUGCCACAGCCUUGCAUCAAAACUCUUAUGAUUGUCGGCCUGGUCGGCCACAAACUGUAUCCCAAGUGUAUAGUUUUCCACACAGGUCCAGGUCCUCAUAUUUGGCCUGAAAUUAACCCCACAAACCCCCCCUCAAGUCCUUGUUUUUUUUUGGGUCGUGGUUAUAGGUCAGUUCAGAAUGAUGUAGCCUACAGUAGCUUUCGAGGACCCCACCAGUGAUUUAGCGUGUUUUUUAGCCCAUUUAGUGCGACUCACAACUAGUUUUGCAAACCGUGCUACUGUGGUUUCGGAGUCUGAAUAUAUUUUUGAACUAUUCCAGAUGUCCAUUCGGUUUCCACUCAGUUUCAUAUGGUAUAGAAGUCUACUAGAAGACUGGUUCUCGACAUCACAGUGAAUGCAUUAUGGUUGCAUCGUCGUGCAGUUAGCGCUGGGUAUCAUUUCAGACACCUAUGUUGCCACACCCAAAUUAUAAUUUUUUGAUGCUUUUCUCUAACACUUUUUUUUUGUCUACACUUAGUUGAAAACUGGACAUUUCAAUCAUAUGGUCUGAAAAGAAACCAGAUUAGGAAUCUGAGCAAGCGUUCCGUACUCCAUACUUGGCGCUACAGACCCAUUUCAGUCAGCACCAAAUAUCCAGCCCUAUUACAUGCAGUGCAGACAUUUGAAAUCAAUCUGCACAUAAACGACAUUACCACACAUUAUCAUCAUGUAGGGUAAACGGAAACUGACAAGAACGCAGACCUUGACGCGCACUGCGAUGGCAUUACGCAACUCAACAGUUGACUAAAGACACUUCCAUAGCAUGAGGAAAUGAAUGGAAACCAAUGGCUGCUUGAAAAAGCAUAAACAAGUCGACAAAAAAAUAAAAAUAAGUGAAG